GAACACGUCGCACUUGAUCAUUUCAGCUUCCUACUCUCCUCCAUGACCAUGUUUUCCUUCGCAUCCCUGCUGUUGCUUGCGGCGGCGGUGAACGCGUCUGUACUGACCCUACAAUCGCCCAGGUUCUCUGUUACAUCUUCUAGCGGGUCUCAACUUCGUUCAGAGCCCAUCUCUUUGGCGCACAAAGCUCCCGCACCAGUCACUCUUUCACCAACGGACACGCUGAAAAUCACCUUCCAGACGGUCGAUGCGGAGAGUGGGAAAGGCGUGCAACCGCAGCAGACCUUCCUUCGUUUCUAUGAUGAGGAGUCUGGGGAAGAAGGUAUCCAGCCUGUCCGAGUGACAAGUGGUGGAAAAGCAAAAUUCGAGCUGAACAUGGCCAAAGUGCCACCGUCGUUACCAGCGACGUCCAAGGCACCCUUGAAAGUUUCCUUAAUCAUUGGGACACCAAAAUACUCGCCCCUCAAAAUCAGCCUUUUCGACCUUUUUGUGCCAGCGUCUCAUCCCAUCACGCCUCACCCGGACGAAGCGUCGUUCCAUCCUCUUCCUUUCAUCGAACACACAUUCCGACCUGAACCAACCCAACCUCCCAAGGCCAUUUCUGCUUUCUUUGCCAGCCUUGUCCUUUCUCCUUGGGUCGUUUUGUUGGGAUUGUGGGCGCAUAUAUCGCCUCGCGUGCCUCGGCUUUUUUCUGCGAAAAUACUUCCUUUCACUGCUACCCUUGGUGCCUUUGAGGUCUUACUUCUCUGGUAUUGGGUCGACCUCAAACUAGGAGACGUCUUGUUGUAUGGGGGUAUCCUGGGUGUUGUCAUGCUUUUCACUGGGAAGUAUGCCUUAGCUAGUAUUUCUGAGCGUAGAUUAGCAUCCCAAAAGUAAUAGAAUGUCAUACUUGUCGAGACUUUGCAGACUCGGUAUUCGGGUGCACUGGGCCGCUGAAGUAAGAGACCG